CAAAUUACAAAAAAGAAAUAUAUACUACAACAGCAUCGCUAUCGCAUCCGCAGCGUAAUAAAGUAAACUAAAAGUUUUAUGCUUUGAUUAAAUUAAUUAACGUCAUAAUAAAGCUUAAAUAAAAUAAAAACUAUAAUUACAAAAUGAAUGAUUCAUUUGGAGGCGAUACAUUUAAUGCAACUCAAGGCGGCGGUGCCGGUGCGGCAACCGAACAAAAGGCCGAGGGAGUUGUGCCAGUUGUAUUAAAACAAGUUCUCGAAUCACCAGAGGGUAAUUUCCAAAUGUGGGGCAUGACAUUCGGGAUGGUGACUAACGUUGCAAUUGUCCGAUCUAUCGAUACGUCUUCCACCAAAAUGACCUAUCAUUUGGAAGAUCACACUGGACAAAUUGAAGCUCACUAUUGGCUGGAGGAGGGUGAUGCCCUCAAAGCUCCCGACAUAAUGCUCAACAAUUAUGCCAAAGUCUUUGGAACUGUCCGCCAACAUGGUGGCCAGAAAACACUCAUGGUUUUUAAAAUGUUACCAGUCACCGAUGCCAAUCAAGUUGUAACACACUUGCUUGAGGUUCUCCACUCCCGAUUCAAGGCUGAAGAAUACUCUAAGAAAAUAGACAGCGCUGGAGGCUUUGGUGAUUUCAGCAUGGGUGGUGGGGCACAACCGAGUGCUCAAUCUGGUGGUGGCAAUAAUUUGGGAUUAGACAGCAAACAAUUGGCUGUAUUCCAAGCGAUUAAAAAUCACGCUUCAGAAGAAGGCAUCAGCCGUAUGGAUCUUCAAAAGAAAUUCAAUCACAUGUCAAGGAGCGAGUUAGAUAAUGCUCUGGAUUUCAUGACAUCGGAAGGACACAUUUAUUCCAGUAUUGAUGCUGACCAUUUCCUCAGUACGGACGGUUAGAUUUAUGUUGUUAUUGUUUAACUAUAUAUUUAAAUUUAAGUUUUUUGUUUAAUAAAGCUCCUGUUGGAGAAUUCAAAUAUUUUUACUC